UUGGCGUUUACAAGCAUGUCUUUCUUGGAGUGUGCCGAAUCGCAGCUUGCAGAGAUAGAGCUGCUAACCAGCAUGUUUCCUACCCAGGAGGAGCUGGAGGUCUGUGACCAGCUGGCCCUGGCUGAGCUCCGGGGCUACGUGGAGGGCUCUGCCCCCGCAGACUGCCCUCCUCCGUCCAGACCUCAGUUCCUCCUUAAACAGAAGUUGGACGAGACGGAGUUCGUUUUAUCCUGUGCGUAUCCCUCCGAGUAUCCCUCUGUGUUACCGGACAUAACUCUGAGGUGCUCGGGUCUCAGCAGGGCCCAGCAGACUCAACUCCAGGCUCAUCUCAAUAAAUACCUUAUGGAAAACUGCCUGGGGGAAGUGUGUGUGCUUGCUGCCGUGGACUGGGUGAAAGACAACCUGCAGCCUUCCAUAAACGAGAGCUUAUCAGCAGCACCAGCUCCCAGGAGAGAGUCUCCCUCUCCACGGCCACAGGAGACGUUCAGCCGGCUGUGGAUCUACAGCCACCACAUCUACAACAAGUCCAAGAGGAAGAACAUCUUGGAGUGGUCCAAGGAGCUGGGCCUGUCUGGGUUCAGCAUGCCUGGGAAGCCCGGCAUCGUGUGUGUGGAGGGUCACCAGUCUGCCUGUGAGGAAUUCUGGUCCAGAGUGAAGGUUCUGACCUGGAAGAAGAUCAUGAUUCGACAUAGAGAGGACAUCAUUAUUGACCCAGAUGAGGCGGGCCAGACCUGUGGGGGUGUGGAGUCACUGCGCAAAUUCACCGGCUUUGAAGAAGCAAUGUUCGACCCCCAUGGAAACAGAGGAAACCACAUGGACCUGGGCCAGCUCUACCAGUUCUUAAAUGAGAAAGGUUGCUGUGAUGUAUUCCAGAUUUAUUUUGGCAUUGAAGGCAGGUGA